AUGAUCUUAAUGAUAAAGUCACCAAGGAAUAUUUGUGGGUGGUGGAAAAACCUGGAUCAAUGGAAUAGGUUCUCGCGGGGGAGUUAUCUAUGGAGUAAAACAUACCCUAUAUUGUCAAGUAUGUUUAAGAAAUUUGAGGAUCAUAUGUCCAACCAUCCAACAAAAGCGAUUGUCUACACACUAUCGGGUUUUGUUACUCAUUUGAAGAUAUGGAUAUGUGAGAUAUUCCCAGCAAUCUGGGGAAAUGGUGCGAUACGACACACUUAUUUAUAUCCCCGUAUAUUGUGUUGGUUUCAUAUUAGGAUGUUAACUUGGACGAAAUUCUGCGAUCUUUUCAAUGUUGAUCAGGACGAGGUGCAUCAACCGAAAAAAAAAAAGAUGAUUGCCUCAGAUGCUGAGGCCUCUACUUCACAUUAUCAAUCAUAUAUUACUAGUCUGAAUUGUGAAUUGUCUGAAGUCCCUUCUUCUGUACGCUACAACUUUAGAAAUGAUGGAGCAUCUUCGUCGAAAACAACCUGUGAAAACAGUCAAUCUUCCAAGUCUACCGAGCAAACUCAUAUGGUGGAAAUUAACAAAAACACCACGCGAGAAAUAAUGGCAAGACUUGAAUCUUUGGAGGAAGAAAUCCGAAGAUUGAAAAUUAAAGAUGGAACUCGAGACGGUGAUGAUUUGGAACAUUUUUUUAAUGACGCUUUUGAGAAGAAGAAGAAAAAGAAGGUGGUUGUUGCUAGCGACAUUAUGGAUGCGGAAAAUCAUAUACCCAAGCCUCCUGUUGUUAAAGAAGGUCGUCCGGUUAGGCAAUUGAAACCUUCUCAAUAUCUUAGUUCUCCUUACAUUUCGCAUGUUGACAUAUGGGGAAGACUUUUGAAUAAGCGGAGACCAAACGAUGCUCGAUGGACAAUCAUGCCAUCGUCAUUUUUUGGUGUAUUUGAGAUGUUCCAGUGGGCAGGAAGUGCAACGGGAAAUCCGUUUGACCCAUUGGAUGGAUGUAAAUCUUGGCUGGAAGUUUACCGUGUACUUGGCGAGUUAUGGAUGGACACGCUGUCAUUGAAUUUGUACGACAACUUCCGAUUAUUUGACGCCAUGAAGAUUAUUGAUUUUGUUCGGUUUGAAGAGCUUAUGGACCGCAUUCUGGUGGAAAUUGAGUAUUGGAACCACAUGGGUUUGCCUAUUCAGAAAGCAUCCAUCACUGUUACAGAUGUUACGGACGUACCCCAACAAGACAGAAUACGGUCAGUGUUUCUUGGCCUACCCGGCUGA